AUGGAGCAGCAUCUGUUCAUAAUCCUAUAUUUUGCUGACAGGUACACUGGCAGUGACAGCUACAUUAGCAUCCCUUCUACGAUGACAUGGCAUGAGGCUCAGAGUUACUGCAGACAACAUCACACAGACCUGGCCAGUGCCAGAAACCAAACUGAACAGUCAUUUAUACAGGGAAAGAUCCCUCAGUUCUCUUGGAUUGGCCUGUUCAGAGACUCCUGGAAGUCGGUGGAUGGGACCAACAUCUCCAGAAUUACAUGGAUGCCUGGAACACCUGAUAAUGCCCUGGGAAAUGAGAACUGUGGAUAUGCAUUUCAAAAUCAAGUUGGUGAUGCACAGUGUUCAUAUGUAUGGCCUUUCUUCUGCUAUUCAAUAAUUACAGGAAAAAUACAAUAUAUAAAAUUGCAGCUCAUUUCUGGUCAGGAUUUGCUUGAUCCUGCAGUCCAGGUGACCAUUUUGGAGAAGAUCAAACAGAAACUGCUGGAUCAUGGGAUGGGAGAGAACACCACAGUUAAAUGGAGAACGCAACCAGAUGGUCUGGUGUUUCACAAGGAGACGGAAAGAACACAAUUCUAGGAAUUAAAACAAUGGAGUAAUGUAACCUCUUGGCUUUUGCUAUGUUUAAAAUGGUGUACUACCCACAGAUAUCACACACAAAAAAGUCUGUAAAUAUAUGCCUAAACACAAUUGUUAGCCCUGGAACACCAAACAAUUUUUGCACUCUGGGGACAUGCCCUAAACAAGCAUGAUUUUAGACAUUUUUAAAAAGGUGGAUCCACCAAGCCAGAACGCAACUGUAAGGCUGAUUGAUUUACUACAUGGUGAUGCAUGAUGCAAAACGUUAGUGCUUAUUUUGAGAUAUGUAAUACUGUAGUAGAUAGCGUACAUAGUGUCUUGUCUAAGAGUUAAGUACAGGGCAA